UAUUUUUUAUUAUUUAACUAUUUAACUAUUUUGUUAUUGCACUGCACUGGACUGCACUGCACUGGCAGUUGAACUGCACUGAACUGCAUUGAACCGAAUUAAACAAAAAAAAAGAAAUCAAAACAAAUUUUAAAAACUGCAUUGACACUGUUUGCAGAUGUACUGUUAUUAAAGUUUGUUAAAAACAUAAUUUUGUAUUGUUUUUUUGUUAAAUCCGAAGGAAAAAAUAUUAAAUCCGAGAAAUUCGAAAACAGGAAAAUUCAAAUCCGAAAACAGGAAAAGAUAAAACGAAUUUCAUAGGGCCCUAGAAUACAGUCACGAUCUAAAAUAUUCAGCAUAGAACAAAAUGAUAAAGAUAUGAUCCACACAGGCCUAACCAAGCCACAAAAGACACAGUAGUCCUAAGUAGCACUGUAGUCCCCUUCCCUUCACACAAUUUCUAGGGCUGUCUUGGUUGAAAAUGAAAAAUACACACACGCACACUUACCUGAACUAGUCUAUAAUGCAUUUGCCCUUUGAUAAACCAAAUUUAAUUUUAACAAUUAGUACAGCUAUCAGUGCUAUUAGUAGUCAGAUUAUGUAGGAAUUUAAGUAUCAUAUUUUGAUAUUAUAAUAACGGAUUAGUCUUGUUAAUAUGGUAGAGUCUUACAUCAAGUUGAUACUUGAUAGUAUAUAUGCCUGCACACACGGCUAUGGGAAAACGUAUGCUGAAACCGCCUUAAUUUUGAAUUAAAUAAUCAGCAGUAUGCUUUUUUCAUUGUAGAUGGCUGCACAAAGACCUAAAAGCGUAGUGUAGAGUCACCCAACCAUCACCAGGGAAGGCGGUGUGCAACACAUGCCAAGAAAGUGUCAGUAUGGGAGCAGCAAUUACAAAAACUAAAAAUACUUCAAAUAUUUGGGCUCAUCUAAGGAUUCAUCACCCUGCAUUGCAUGAUGCAGCACAGAAGAAAAGAGAAACUUCGGAGAAAACGACUCAACCUCAGCCUACAAUACAGCAAAUGUUUCAGAGACAAACAAGGUGGCCAAAUACAGAUGGCAAAUCAAAACAUUUGGACAAAGUGAUCACAGAGAUGAUUGUUAGUGACAACCAACCUUUCACAGUGGUGUCUGAUGCUGGCUUCAAGCGCCUCAUGGCUGUAGCUGAACCAAGAUACACACUGAAAAGCGAAAAGUAUUACCGCACAGAAAUGAUGGAAGGUAUUCACCACAAGGUUGUAGAGAAGAUAAAGGCUCUGGUCCAACCAGAGAAUGCCGGCCACUCACUCUCUUUCACAACUGACUGCUGGUCUGGGACAACAGAAUCACUUAUGAGUCUUACAUGCCACUUCAUUGACAAUGGAUGGACAAGAAAGCAGGUGGUUUUGAAUACAAAAGCGAUGUGUGAGUCCCACACUGGGGAGUAUAUUAGAGAGACAUUCCUGGACAUGCUGGAUGAUUGGAACAUAAGCAAAGACCAUGUGGGGCUUGUACUUCGUGACAGUGGAGCAAAUAUGGUAAAAGGAAUGAGGCUCGCUGAACUGCCAGACCUCAGCUGCACAGCCCACUCGCUACAACUUGUGGUGAACGAUGGCCUGUCAAGCCAAAGAGCAGUCAUCGACGUCAUUGCAAUGCUAAAGAAGUGAGCUACCCACUUCCACCACUCUGUUCUCGCCAAGCAGCAUUUGAAGGAGAUUCAGGAGGACCUUGGCCUACCCAAACACAACAUAAUCCAGACCAACCCAACAAGGUGGAACUCAACGCUCCACCUGCUGCAAAGAAUGCUUGAGCAAAAGCGUGCUCUUAGCAUCUACUCAGGUGAACAUUACAUUACAUUAAUUACAUUACAGGCAUUUAGCAGACGCUCUUAUCCAGAGCG